AAGAAAAGUCUUCCGCAAGGCGGAAGCAAACUGUGUAUAAAUAUAUAAAAAACAAUUUUUAACUUCAAAUUUUUUAAUUUCUCUCAACUUUUCAAGAAUGGCAAUUAUUAAAUUCAAAACUACCAUCUUUCUGCUCCCUCUUUUAUUUAUUUCUACCUUUGCUCAAAUAUGGAAGGACCCGAAUGCAUACAAAUUGUUUAACCAUGACCAUGUUCUUGGUCCUCAUGAACUGUUCGGAAACCCUUUCGGAAAUCCAUUUGAUUUUCAAUUGAACAUUCCGAACGAUAUCGGUACUCCUCUUUUCAAAGGUGAAAAUGUUGCUAUUCCGGUGGGUAAGCCGAGUAAUGCCGGUGCCGUAGCCAAUGCUUCGACUUCGGCGGCGGACCUCGGAUAUAAAGGCGAUUGGGAGCUUGUUUCUCAGAAUUCCGGUGUUUCCGCUAUGCACGCUAUAUUGCUUCCGAAAGUUGAUAAAGUUUUAAUGUAUGAUGCUACCAUUUGGAAGAUUUCUAAACUUCCUUUGCCAAACGGUCAAUGCCGUAUUGUUAAUAAAAACCCCGCCGAUAAAGAUUGUUGGUGCCAUUCCAUCCUUUUCGACAUUAACACCGGGGAACUUACCCCUCUCGAGCUCAAUACUGAUACGUGGUGCUCGUCGGGAGGUCUCGAUGUGAACGGUAACCUAGUGAGUACCGGUGGGUAUCAAGGCGGUGCAAAUACUGUUAGAUACUUGAAUACAUGCCCGGGAUGCAAUUGGAGAGAGUACCCAACUGCACUUGCUGACCGUAGAUGGUACUCUACUCAAGCAACAUUGCCAGAUGGUGGAUACAUCGUGGUUGGUGGUCGUGAUGCUUUCAGCUAUGAGUAUAUACCGGCGGAAGGAAAAUCGAAUACUAAACCCUUCUUCUUUGAGUUCCUUCGCCAAACUAGCGACCCAGAGGAGAAUAAUUUGUAUCCGUUUGUGCAUCUGUCUACGGAUGGUAAUGUGUUCAUCUUUGCUAACAGUCGUUCUGUUUUGCUCGAUCCAAAGUCAAAUAAGAUUGUCCGCGAGUUCCCAGUACUCGCUGGAGGCCACCGUAGCUAUCCCGCCUCUGGCAUGUCAGCACUCCUUCCCUUAAAACUUCACGAUUCGAAUCCAGAUUUGAUUCCAGCCGAGGUUUUGGUUUGUGGCGGUUCAGCACAUAAAGAUGCAUACUCAAAAGCUGAGAAACAGAUUUUCUUUACUGCACUUCAAGAUUGUGCAAGAAUCAAGAUCACGGAUAAAAACGCUGUUUGGAAAAGAGAACUCAUGCCAACACCUCGUCUUAUGGGCGACGCCAUGAUUCUUCCAACCGGAGAUCUUCUUUUGCUAAACGGUGCUAAAAGAGGAGCUUCAGGAUGGGGUUUUGCUAGAGAUCCAAAUUUCGUUCCAGUUUUGUAUAACCCUAGAGCCAAGAGGGGACAAAGAUUUACCGAGCUAGCACCAACCCAAAUUGCUAGAAUGUACCAUUCAACCUCCGUUGUUCUACCUGAUGGAAAAGUGCUCGUCGGUGGCAGUAACACCAACAACGGCUACAUUUACGACGCAAUGUACCCAACUGAGCUCAGAAUUGAGAAAUACUCCCCACCUUACUUGAAUGCUAACCUUGCAGGUAAAAGAUCAGAGAUUAUCGUAGUCCCGCUGUUGCUUCUCUACGGCCUCGAUUUCCAAGUCCAAAUCAAGUUAAACGGAGUUACAGUAGAGCAAAAAGACAUUAAACUAACAAUGUACGCGCCGGCUUUUACGACUCACGGAGUCAAUAUGAAUCAAAGACUUAUAGAUUUGGGAUUGAAGCAAGUGCUGAGCAAUCCCAUACUUGGAUUACACACCAUUACAGCCGUGGCGCCGCCGAGCGGCAUCAUUGCUCCUCCCGGGUAUUAUUUGUUCUCUGCUGUUUACCAAGGUGUGCCCAGCAUUUCCAAGUGGGUGCAGAUAAAGUGAGGCUGAUUUAAAGGGACAUUUGUUCUGUAUUUUAUGCUUUUUUUUCUCUUUGAAGGCUAAUCUAUUCUCUAUUACUUUUUGUUCUUUUUGUUCCUAAAUUGUGCGAUUAAUGAUAGUACGGUGCAAGAUGAGAGAAAAGAUUAACAAAGAUAUAUUUGUUGUUGUCUAAUUUGGAAGCUAAACCGCUUCUUUAUGGUCUAUUAUAAGUAGGCUAAUAAUUUUGCUUGUGUAAAAUAGAACUAAACGUUAAUGCUAGCAUAUGUUUAUGUAAUAGUUUAUUCCUACUAACUUUUCAAUCUUAAUUUAUCUCAAAA